AGAAGAAGUAGUUCAACGGAUCCGGAACAAAUGUCAAAUGGCGCAUUUGAAGGGAAUACAUCUAGUGAUUGUUUGUGUGAAUUUCGUGUAAAGUCAGUUCGUAUUUUCCGGCUCUUACAAGCGCGACUGCAAUUGUUUCAACUAUACCAGACCUCCACUGUUGGGAAAAGAGCGACCAAGGUGACUAACGCUCGGCUGCUCGAACUUAUUAGCAACAAAUCAGCGAGCGGAGCGGCUGUUUGCCUACGACAGAAUGGACUCCUGGGUUCGGUUCAAUUCGCAGAGCCAGGCCAAGGAGAAGAUCAUUCGGGCUGCUCAAUAUGCCUGCACCCUGCUGGGCUACACGUUGCACAAAGGUGGAGCAGGAGCGCAACUUCGCAGAACUGUUAGUCAGUUGGAAGCACACAUGAGCCUGACAAGAAAGUUGUUGCGUCUGGGGAACUCGGUGGAGGCCAUCGAGUCGGCAAAGAGGGCCAUCCAUCUCUCUGACAGCAUACUGAGGCUCUGCCUCACCGUCGGCCACCUAAACAGAGCAAUGUACUUUGCCUGUGACAACGUCCUCUGGGCGGGGAAGAUGGGCCUCCUAUGCAAAGUGGACCAGCGCAAAUGGAGCCAGAGAUCAUUUAAGUACUACCUGUUUGCUCUGAUCCUCAACCUGACGCGAGAUGUAUACGAGCUGCACCUCCUGAUGGAGCGCGAAGCACGCCGCGGAGCGGCCAAGUCUCCCCCCUCACGCGACUCCUCGCCGUGCACCGCCGCAUGGGCCGUCCCGCCCGACCCGUCGGCGUGGCUUCGCGGGCGUCUCUCCCUGUUGGCGACGGUGCUGCACAACAACCCGCCGCUCCUGCUGGAUCUGCUGAAGAACACGUGCGACCUCUUCAUCCCGCUGGACCGCCUGGCCAUUUACCCCACCGGGACGGGCUUUGUCGGCGCCUGUGGGCUGGCCUCCUCUUUGCUCGCCCUCCUUACCAUCGUCCACCCUUGGCUGAAACUGAAGCCGUGAAGCCGCCGACUGUGGAAGGACGUCUGCUUUUGCUGGCGGACUUGCUUUGGUAAGUUGUGCAUUUUCCACCCGGGCUUUUGUAUGGACUGAGCUGACUGAACGCAUUUCGAAAUAUUGCCGCUGUCGCGACGCCGUGACGGAAGCGUGACGUUUUGAAUGACUCGGGUGAAGUCAUUCCUACUGCUCUGUUUUGAUGCUUCCCUUGUGGUUUUGCGGCCCCUGCCUCCAUUGAGGAGGUUUGGCGCAAUUGCCCUCCAUUUGUUGCUAUGUCUUCUUCCUUUGUGCUCAUCCAUCUUUGGCACGGGAUGUUUUUGUGACCGGUGGGUGGCCAUUUUGGGCGUGUUAUUUUGUUUGUCGACCGAUCGUGUUACGCAAAUUUGCAGUGGAUGAAAAUUGAGAUUGACAGAGAAGUUGCUUUUCACAGAAAGUGGACUUUCCUGAAAAUACAAAUAUAUAUAUAUUUUAACCGAC